GGUAGGAUGGGUGCCGACAAGGUAGACAAGGUAGACAGAGAACACAGGGGCAUCCCUCAGGCAGUCUUUCUUGAAGAUGUGGACAGUUACAUGUCAUCCACUACCCCUGAAAAGAAUGCAGCUGCAGUACUCAAAGAUUUUGAUGAACAACUCCAAAAGUACAAAUACAUGGAAUUGAAUUUGCUGCAAAGAAAGAAAAGACUCAGAGCUCAAGUUCCUGACAUCGAAAAGACUCUCGAGAUUGUCCAACAUACUGAAGAAGGAGAGGAGUUUCAAACACAUUUCAUGCUGUCUGAUCAAGUCCACGCUCUUGCCACAGUUCCUCCUACAGAUAAAGUGUUCUUGUGGCUUGGUGCUAACGUGAUGCUUGAGUACACAAUUGAUGAAGCAAUCACCCUGUUGACCAAGAACCUGAACACUGCCACUGUUAACGCUGACCAGCUGGAGGAUGACUUAGGUUACCUCUCUAACCAGAUAACCACCAUGGAGGUCAACAUGGCGAGGGUAUAUAACUGGGACUUCAAGCGAAGGAAGGCUGCUGCUGAUAAAUAGUCUGAUCACCUCUGUACUUUUAGUAUUUAAAUGUAAAUAUUUUAUAAAGGAUCUUUUUCACUUCUCUGUCAUAAUCAUAUUAUCAUUCUGGUGGUUUUUUUCCUACUGUUUGCACUGUGUGAAAAUGUAAAAGGUGUUCAAUGAGAUCUGGAAUUUGGUUAAUUAUAUGGUAUUUGUUAA